CCCAAUUUGGGUUAACACGUAUAUAGAAUUCCAAAUCGCUCUAGUUCUAUAUUUUAUGGAAAAACGUAAUGAUCAAUGAUUUUCCACUAAAUCACUUACAGGUACAAUUUAUGACGCUGCUCCGAUGGAUUCCACUCAUUUAAGGUUUUUGCCAGACACAACUUGCGCCACUACAUUAUCUCACUAUCACUUCCCAUAUACGCCCCCUUCUAUGAGUUCGAGUAGAAUCAGAACAGCGCUUCAGUGUCCCUCUACACAUCAAGAUGAUCACAUCCAAUUUACUAAUAGUGUUCAUAAGUUCUCUCCAUCUUUCCUCCGCAACAAAACUAUGGCGGAGUAAUCUGGACUUCAACGUUGCAGCCAACUGGCAGUCGAAUGAACUGCCCAAAUUCGGUCAACCGGUUCAGUAUCCUGCCAAACUGAACGCCCUGGUUGAACUUCCCGCCAGCUUCAGUGCUGGAUCCAUCAUCCUCCCCAGCACCGGUGCAGUCCUAGUUCCGGAAACGGACUUUUCACUGAACUUUGAUAACGACCGGAAACAACGCGAGCCAGCUAUAUUCAAGACUCCAAUCCGGAAGCCGUACUACUCAACUGCCAACUGGCAAGCGGUGGACAGUUCCGGAAAGGCGAUUCGUGAACCGAACAGAGCCACGCCACACCUGGAGCGCAUCCCGUGUCAGUAUGAGUCCGUGUCGUUCGGGAAAGUGCCUUCGCCGGUUGAUAUGCAGUACCACUCCGCUAUCGAGGUUAAGGACGUCAACUAUGGAGGCAUGGCGGGUCUGGAUGAGUUUCGCCGGUUUUUGGUGUCCGAUUUGGGCCAGUAUGUGUUCUACAAUGGAGAAGAAACCCUGGUGACGGAGGGUAAAUGUGGAAGUCCACAAAAAUGUCCCUGCCAAUCGGAGUGGGUCCUCCAAGCUGUUUGCGCCAAUGAAGAAUGUCCGGUUCCGCUAUGUUUGAAUCCUGUCGUACCUAGAGGCCACUGCUGUGCCAUCUGUGGAAGUGUGCUUUUUGUAGAUUUGGGUAAUUUUGCGGAAAACUUCGACUUUGGGGAUUUCACACGGAAAUUGGAGCUAAAAAUUGCAUUAUCAGAGGUAGACCAGUCCGAUGUGGAGUAUCACAUCAGUGUUGAAAGUUAUGCACUACAACUGGUGAUUAUUGAUAAAGGGGAGUAUGCCGAGCAGAGUGUUCAGUUGAUGAAAAGCUUGGAGCCUUAUUUUGCGCAACGGUUUCGUAAUGGUCAUAAUGUUCUUCACGCUGGCCAUCCGCAUAUCCCGUACCAAAGUGGGCAGCUAUUCCUAGUGAUGUUCAUCUCGCUGCUGGUGGUAUCAGUAUUCUUCACCGUAUUGUAUGCUUACUACUACGAUGAUAAAAUAGUUCCUCAGAUAUCGGCUAUGGUUCGGAACAGAACAUUUUUCACGUCACCAUUUGUAUUUGCCCGAUUUGAUCCCAACAACGCCAACGAUGACUCAACCGUGGACAUAAACUUCAACCCAUCAGGAAUUGAAAAUCUGAAUUCUUCCUUCAAUAAUCCCAUGUUUGAAGGAAACGAUAAGGAUGUCGGAUCGACAUCCAACACGGCGGAAACUACCGUCGAAGAGGAGCCUUAUGUCGAUGUGGAGUUGGAUUUGACCAAAUAAAAUUGGUCAAUGAUAAUUUUUAUAAAUGAACGC